AAACCCUUUCAAAACCCUUGGGACAAGGGGGAAGAACCAGAAGGGAGAAGGGAGAGAUGGAAAGGAAGCACGGAGCAGAUGAGUUACUCAACACUCUAGGAGACUUCACGAGCAAAGAGAACUGGGACAAAUUCUUCAGUAUCAGAGGGAGUGAUGACUCCUUCGAGUGGUACGCCGAGUGGCCAUGUCUCCGGUAUCCUCUCAUUUCGGAGCUCUCCAGCUUCGACGCCCAAACACAAGAUGUUGCCGGAACUCCAUCGGCGGCGACUGCAGCAUCUUCGCUGCAGAUAUUGGUUCCCGGGUGUGGCAACUCUCGGCUUUCGGAACACUUAUAUGAUGCCGGGUUCCGUGGCAUCACCAACAUUGAUUUCUCGAAAGUUGUCAUCUCCGACAUGUUGCGUCGUAAUGUUCGGUCUCGGCCCGAUAUGCGGUGGCGCGUCACGGACAUGACCCAGAUGCAGUUCUUAGAUGGGAGUUUUGAUGCUGUUCUUGAUAAAGGAGGCUUGGAUGCUCUAAUGGAGCCGGAGCUUGGGACUAAGCUCGGGAGUCGAUAUUUAUCAGAGGUGAAGAGAGUUUUGAAAUCAGGAGGGAAGUUUGUUUGUCUCACCUUGGCAGAAUCUCAUGUUUUAGGUAUUGUUUUGCCUCCUUUAUUUGAACCAUGGAACUCAACAUCRUCUGUAUGUUGUUUGUCUCACCUCACUUUGGUAGAAUCUCAUGUUUUAGGUAUUGUUUCCCUCCUUUACUUGAACCAUGGGACUCAACAUAAUCUAUAUUUUAUGUACAAUGCCUAUCGUUUUUCAGCAAUCUUAUGUAAUGGUGUUGAUGUUCUGUACACUCUUGAAGAUCUGCAGCUAGGAGCUAAAGGAGAUUUGAAGGAACUUCUCCCAGGUCGCAGAAUCCAGCUUACUUUGGGUGAAGUGGGAAAUUCYCAUUUCAGUUAUAAAGCUGUGCUUUUGGAUGCUAAACAACAGUAUGAUCCAUUCUUAUAUCACUGUGGUGUUUUUCUUGUGCCUAAGAACCGGGCUCAUGAAUGGCUCUUCUCUUCCGAAGAAGGACAAUGGGUGGUAGUUGAAAGCUCAAAAUCUGCUCGUCUUAUCAUGGUUUUGUUAGAUGCCAGGCACUCUAAUGCCAGCAUGGAUGAUAUCCAGAAGGAUCUAUCUCCACUGAUUAAAAUCUUGGCACCUAGAACACAAGACAAUGGAGCUCAAAUUCCUUUCAUGAUGGCCAAUGAUGGUGUCAAGCAACGGCACAUUGUUCAACAGGUCACAUCCACCCUAACUGGACCAAUAGUUGUUGAAGAUGUAAUUUAUGAAAAUGGUGAUGGUGAUGGAAAUGGCCCCAUUGCAUCAAAACAUUCAGUGUUUCGUCGUCUUACCUUCCAAAGAAGCCUGGGUUUAGUGCAAUCUGAAGCUUUGAUAACAAGAGGACACUCCCAGAAAAUUCCAGCUGAAGCAGAGAGGAAGAAAGUCAGCUCAUCCAAAUCUCGGAAAAAAGGGAGCCUGAGAAAAAAUGAUUGCCGUAUGUCAUUAAUUGAUGAAUCCAGGAGCAAUCUCAAAGUUGAUCAUAACUACCUGGCUAGCUCUUAUCAUAUUGGGAUCAUUUCUGGGUUUACGUUGAUUGCRUCAAAUCUGGAAAGUGCAAUAUCAUCGGGAAAAAUGGUACUAAUUGCUGAUGGAGUCGAGUUUGUUAGAAAGGUGGCAAUUGGGGCAUCUUCUAAGGUGAAUGCUGAUCUUGAAAAUUUUGAUGCUCUUUCAAAAGAACGUCCUACUKUUCCUAAUGGGAGUCCAACUAAGUCACCUGCAUGUGGCAAGAGCAGUYGUAAAAUUGACAUUCUAGUUGUUGAUGCCGACUCUUCAGACUCAAGCUCUGGAAUAACCUGUCCCCCUGCUGAUUUUGUGGAAGAGUCUUUUCUUUUAUCUGUGAAGGAAUCCCUUUCUGAAGGAGGUCUCUUUGUUAUUAAUUUGGUUUCAAGGUCCCCGACCAUUAGGGAGAUGGUUGUUUCAAGGAUGAAAGUGGUCUUUGGUCAUCUAUUUUCUCUUCAGCUUGAGGAGGAUGUCAAUGAGGUUCUUUUUGCCCUUCCUAGAGAGACAUGUAUUGAAGAGAACUCCUUGCUCAAAGCUGCUCCUCAACUCGAGAAGCUGUUAAAAUUCACACAGACAGAAACUGGUCAAAAUAUCCUAGAUACAGCAAGGAAGAUCACAUCUUUGAAAUAAGAUGCUGCUACUUUUGAGCAAGAUACACAUGGAGACAGUGAGACAGCUAGCCUUGGACUUUGUUCAGUGGAGGCCUCAUUUUGUAGAUUUGCCAUGGUUUGUCUGUAACAUUCGGGUAUCAAGAGGGAACGGUUGGGACUCUGCAUCCAUUAUUAAGUUGAUACUUAAUUAGUUCCACUAGAAGAAAGGGCUGGUUGAACUUCACCUUAGGAAUGAUCAAAUGAGGAUUUCAGACAACUUCUCCAGUGAUAUGAAUGAUGGCACUGGGUGGACAGGACUAAUGAKCUCAAACUCAAAUCUUUGUCAUCCUUCCGGCUCUCUAACGCAAGUCCACUUACAUUCCGUGUAUACACUUGUGGGUUUGAAGGUAGUAUCAUUGAACAAUUGUGCAGUGAGUGGUCUCAGGCUGUCAGUGUUGUGGUUUAAGUUAAAAGGUAUUAGUCUUUUGCAAGAAAUAACUGAAAAUUUCAUGGCCAGAAACAAAAGAAAAAGGUCCAUAGGGAUGUUUGUUACUUGCACUGAAUGCUGAACUUUCUAAACGGCCCGUUCUAGGUAAGUUUUGGUUCACCUUUAUUUUCUAAGGUUGGUCAGGGAGCUUUUUCUAAUUGGGUGUUUAACCAGCAAAUUUUAUUAUCUUG